AUGUGGGUUACCUGUAGUUCUCCCCAUCCUGAAUGAAUGUGGGAUGGAAAAAUAAGUGGAUCAAAGGAAGAAGUGCUUCCUUUCACCAUGAGGACUUUUCAUAAAUAAAAAUACAGGGGGAAAAAAAAAAAGAUCAUGUCAGAACACAGCAGGAAUUCAGACGAAGAAGAACUCUUUGAUGAGGAGAUUGAUGAAGAUGAAAUCUUGGCCAACCUGUCCCCUGAAGAGCUAAGAAAACUGCAAUCAGAAAUGGAAGUGAUGGCCCCUGACCCCAGGCUUCCAGUUGGAAUGAUUCAGAAGGAUCAGACCGACAAGCCACCCACAGGAAAUUUUGACCAUAAGUCUCUAAUGGAUUAUGUGUAUUGGCAAAAGGCAUCCAGACGCAUGCUGGAGGAUGAACGUGUCCCUGUCACCUUUGUGCCAUCCCAGGUGGACACUCAAGAGCAGCACAAAGAAGUAGGCAAAGGCAAUAAAAAUGUGUCCCAGUAUUUAAAAGAAAAGCUCAACAACGAAAUCACUGCAAAUAAAAGAGAAUCAAAAGGCAGCAGCGAUGUCCCAGAAACCGAUGAUGCUGAUGGUGAAGAAGAUGAAGGAGAUGACGGGGAUGAGGAUGACGAGGAUGAAGAUGAGGAAGGAGAUGAUGACAGCGAAGAGAGUGUGGAAAAGCCACAAAGAGGUGUGCAAGGCGGGGUAGAGCAGCAGAUCAGAAACGGGGAGAGCAGCUGCGCACAAGUAGCUAAGAAGGCAUUUGGAGAACAGAAAGACGGACCAGAGGCCCAAGAAAAAAGUGAGAAGAAAAUAUCAAAAUUAGAUCCCAAGAAGUUAGCGCUAGAUACCAGUUUUCUAAAGGUAAGUGCAAGGCCUUCAGGAAACCAAACAGACCUGGAUGGGAGCUUGAGGCGCGUUAGACAGAAUGACCCUGACAUGAAGGAGCUCAACCUGAACAACAUUGAAAACAUCCCCAAGGAGAUGUUGCUUGACUUCGUCAAUGCAAUGAAGAAAAACAAACACAUCAAAACCUUCAGCUUAGCCAACGUGGGCGCGGAUGAGAACCUCGCGUUCGCCUUGGCGAACAUGCUGCGGGAAAAUAGGAGCAUUACCACUCUCAACAUCGAGUCCAACUUCAUCACAGGGAAAGGAAUCGUGGCCAUCAUGAGGUGCCUCCAGUUCAACGAGACACUCACCGAACUUCGGUUUCACAAUCAAAGGCACAUGCUGGGCCACCAUGCCGAAAUGGAAAUCUCCCGGCUGUUGAAGGCAAACACCACUCUCCUGAAGAUGGGCUACCAUUUUGAGCUCCCGGGUCCCAGAAUGGUGGUGACCAACCUGCUCACCAGGAAUCAGGACAAGCAACGGCAGAAGAGACAAGAGGAACAAAAGCAGCAGCAGCUCAAAGAGCAGAGGAAGUUGAUAGCCAUGUUGGAGAAUGGGUUGGGGCUGCCCCCUGGAAUGUGGGAGAGGCUGGGGGGACCCAUGCCCGAUCCCAGGAUGCAGGAGUUCCUCCAGCCUCCUUCGCAGCCUCCCAGCCCCCAAGCGGCCGCCUUCAAUCGGCAGAAUGAAAUGAUGAAGAAGCCAUCACAGCCCCCGAAAUACAGGACGGACCCUGACUCCUUCCGAGUGGUGAAGCUGAAGAGGAUCCAACGCAAGUCUCGGAUGCCCGAGGCCAGAGAGCCGCCCGAGAAGACCAACCUCAAAGAUGUCAUCAGAACGCUCAAACCCGUGCCGAGAAACAGGCCACCCCCGCUGGUGGAAAUCACUCCCAGAGAUCAGCUCUUGAAUGACAUUCGUCACAGCAACGUUGCCUAUCUUAAGCCGGUGCAACUGCCAAAGGAACUGGCGUAA